GCAAACGAUCAUUUUUGAAGUGUUCUCUGUUUUUCUUCUUUUCUACUUAAUAGACGCACAAAAGGAAUUCUGACGCAACGUAAGGAAAUAUUCGAUGGGCACAGAAUAGGUUACGUGUAGUAACAUUAUUGUGGGAAGUAUAAUUUAAUAGUGUUUUGUAGUGUGAAACUAUAACCUCUAUUUCAUCGAGCACGUUUACUUUUGGACGUCAACGUCAUAAUUCACAGAAGAUGGAGAAAAGCACAGGAUUUGCGAGUGGGAGUACACAACCAUCAGCACCACCACCACCUACAGCACCACCUUCGUACGAAGAAGCUAUAGGGAAUGUGGCUAAUUUGCCUACUCAACCAAACAUUCCCCCAUAUCCAGUAGGACCAUCUUGUAUGCCGGUACCAUCUUGCAAUCAACCAACGAGUCAAACUGUGCCGCAAUACGCAGGAAAACAUUUGCCAGGAAAUCCACUUCCUAGCGAUCUACCGCCUCAAACUGUGCCACAAUACCCGAGAAAUCAUAUCCCAGGACAUUCCCUUCCCAGCGAUCCACCAGACCAUUUCCCAGAAAAUCCUCCUCCCAGCACGUAUAAUACAUUUUCCGUUCCAUCGUCAGAAGCUCAAAUCUACGUUCUGGGCCCAAAUCCUAUAAAAAUGACCUGUCCUACUUGCCACUCCAGCAUCAAAACCACUACUAUAUCGGAUCACCAGCCGGCAGCUCAUAUUUGCUGCAUCGUUCUCUGCUUACUCGGAUGUUGCCUUUGCUCGUGCCUACCAUAUUGCAUGAGCAGUUUCAUGAACGUCUACCACUUUUGUCCGAAUUGUAAAAAUUAUAUCGGUCCGUGGAGCGGUUGAAGUGAAUUGAACACGCGUAUUAUUUGUAUACCGAUCAUGACCCUUUAUCCAAUGCAAUA